CAGACUACACAGGGAGCGGUAGAUGAAGGCGCCCACGAUAAGCCUGACGACUCGUCGGCCACCGUGCGCUGAUUGUAGCCUUCUCCUCGCGGGUCCAUCGUACAUAUGUGGCGGCCUUUGCGCUCUUUCCACGCUUCCCGCCAUCGCGCCGUCGCUCCGACCCUUGCCGCUCGAAUUCGCGUUGUCGCUACUGCAAGCAUUCCUUAGCUCCAGACCUCUCAUAUUAACCCACGUAUGACGGACAUUGCAUCAGAAGCCAUCAUGCUCGCUGACCCGAGGCUCCGUUAAGGCUGUCGGCCCGGAUGCGGCUUGGGUCUCCUCGUACCGACGUGACAACGAACCCGGGCCUGAAACGUCGUUGCAACUUCACUUCCUCCCUCAACCCCUAAAGAAUGCAUUCGUCACAACCACCGAACUCCACAGAAAACCUCAUCUUUUGCCAUGUCCUUUCCGCCGGACCUGCACCACGUGAGGGAUCCCGGCAGAAAUGGCACCGGACCAACGGGACCACGCAAGCGCGAUCCCGACCUCGUUUCAGAGAUCCAGCGACGAUUAGAGAGGGCAUCGAGGAUGCAACAAGAGCUGGCCGAACUGCGGGAGGAGCUACUCGUCCAGCGCGAAAAGUUCAGAUCUUCCGGUAAUGAGCUGCGCACUCAACGAAUCGCAACCGGAGAUGCCGAAGUCGCUUUCAUGAACGCCUUACGACAGAGUACAACGCCGCUAAGGCUGAAUUUGACGUCCUGAGGAAGCAGUUCGAAGCACUUCGGCUGGAAAGAGC